CCGGCAUCGCCAGCGGCGGUCCCCGGAGCAGGGCAGGAGCUCCCCGGAGAGGAAGAGCCCCAGCUCCCCCGUCUGCAAAGGGCUCACAUGGAGAGAGGUGACACAUAGACACUCCUGUACACCUCUCUCUCAAAAGAGGGGGAUGACAGACCGACCCGACCCUCACUGACUGGCACUCUCUGCCGUCCAUGCCUGACUGGGCCUCUAGGAUGGACCUGCCUCUCCUGAUACCUGCAUCGCACAGAGAGCUUGUGUUCAGCUGACUUUCUACGUAAGUCCUUUUCAGAGUAACUGCUGUUCAGGAUAGAGUACCCCAUCAUUUGACAAAUCACGACCACCUUCAUCAAGCCCUUCCAGUAUAAUUCGCCGCACUUCCUCACUGGAUACACUUGCUGCUCCUUACCUCGCUGGACAAUGGCCUCGUGAUAAUCACGGACAGGCUGCUCCCUGUAUGAGGGACAAAGCCACGCAGACAGAGAGUGCCUGGGCUGAAGAAUAUUUAGAAAAGAAGAAAGGAUCUCACAAGCGGUCAGCAUCCUGGGGCAGCACAGACCAACUCAAGGAGAUUGCAAAAUUGCGUCAGCAGUUGCAGAGAAGCAAACACAGCAGCAGGCAUCAUCGGGAUAAAGAAAGACAGUCUCCAUUCCAUGGUAACCAUGCAGCCAUUAAUCAGUGCCAGGCUCCCAUCCCAAAAAGUGUAAUUGUUCCUGUUAUACCCAUAACCAAGUCGACAGGAUCACGUUUCCGGAACAGCAUAGAGGGGCUGAAUCAGGAGAUUGAGAUAAUAAUUAAGGAGACAGGAAGCAAGGAAGAACAGCUGAUUCCACAAGAUAUUCCAGACGGGCACCGUGCUCCCCCUCCGCUGGCGCAGCGCAGUAGCAGUACUCGCAACAUGGAUACCCAAACACCUGGUGGAGCAGACAGAGGCAGUAACAACAGCAGCCGUUCCCAGUCUGUGUCCCCCACCUCAUUUCUUACUAUCUCAAAUGAGGGCAGUGAGGAGAGCCCUUGCUCUGCUGAUGACCUUCUUGCUGACUCCAAAGAUAAAGAGAAUGGGAACAACUCUCCCUUGCCCAAAUAUGCUACCUCGCCAAAACCCAAUAACAGCUACAUGUUCAAGCGUGAACCUCCUGAGGGCUGCGAGAAGGUGAAAGUCUUUGAAGAAAGUUUGCCAAAGCCAUUGCAUGAAAUUCCAGCCUUCUACUGUCCUGACAAGAACAAAGUGAAUUUCAUUCCUAAAAGUGGCUCUGCUUUCUGCCUGGUCAGUAUUCUCAAGCCGCUUCUUCCCACACCAGAUCUUACACUCAAAGGCACUACUCAUAGCCUGACUGUCUCCUCUGGCAUGACACCUAAUUUGUUACAGCCCAUUGCCCUGGCCUCCCUGUCUGCAAACACUGAGCAAGACCGGAUCUCUCGUGGAACAAGUACAGUAAUACCACAGACCUCUAUACUCCAGCAAUCAGGACAUAUCGAAGAAGCUGAGUGAUGAGUCUCCAUUGUGCAGGCAUUCUUCUGGAGAGACUGCUAGGAAGACCUUGUUUAAACUAGUUGUGCAGUCACACCUGUUUGUUCAUUUUAACAACUCAUGACAUUGUCAUAGUCAUAUUCUCCUGAUCUCCAUGACUAUAGUGGUAGCAUUCUGAGAAAUCUAGGAGGCGGCAGCAGAUGAAGCAGUGCUGUACUCUGCAUGUGAAGACUCACGUUCAGUUUCUCACCUGCAUUUUUUUUUCCAAGCUCUGAUAAGAGACUAUUACUAAUUCUUUGCCAUUGGAAGGAUCAGUUAUUGUGAUGGUUUGUGUCCUUUAGACUUUUUCAGCAACAACAAAAAUUCUGAGAGACAGCUGAUGCCAGCAACCACUGUAACUUGCAGAGGGAGGGGUAACCAUAUGGCACUGCAAGACCCAUCUUUUGUAUGAAUAUGAAUAUUUUAUAACAAGUUUGCAUUUUCUGAUACAGAGCAGGAUGUUCAAAAGACACUUCCAUAGCCACUGUUUUCCCUUCUUUGGGUGGUACGUUUUUCUCAGCUGUUUUCCAGCUGCUGGGACCAAAGGAUUGUUGAAAUACUUUAGCAGUCUCCAUCAUGUGACCUUGUUCAACAGUCCCUACUCCCAACAAAAGCAAAUCAAUUAAUGCAUACAAAAUGUAAAACAAAAGGAAAGAGAAAACAAUAUUAGUAUGUUAUGUGCAUUUGUUUUUGAUAUCAGAGGUUUGUGCUUCGGUAAACCACAUUGUUCUUGAGCUCCUACUCCCUAGAUGGAAUUCCUGUGUACAUUUAUUACAUGGGCAGAAAAUAGCAUUUUAGAGCACUUGUCCCAGUAGUGUAAUCACUUUUCCAUAGAACUUUUGUUUGGGUUAAAAAAUGUCUCUUCCCUGCCUCCACCCAAACAAACAAAAACAAAACCUGCCACUUGACUCUUGAGAGAUCUCUUGGUUACUUGUGUAAUUCAGUCUGAAUCAUGCAUCAGUUUUUGACACAAAAUUCACUCUGUUGUGGCUGAUCACUGUACUAUAGACCCUAGCCACAUGAUACUGAGAUGGCUAUGCAUGAUUCCUCGUCCUUGUCAUAAUGCUGUUUUGUGGGUGUGUUGAGGGUAGUAGUUUGUUAGGCAUGGUAUUUGUUACACAGCAGUCAACAGCAACAGAUAUGUUCUCCCUUUUUGACUAGCAACAUUGUCGAGUGUGUCAGAGAGGAGAUAUGUUGAUACCUGGUUCUGGUUUGGAGCUGUUACCAGUUUCCUGUAUGCCUCUGUGGUUCUUUGACUGUUGAAAUAAAAAAUGAAAAUAGGGAGGGAUGUUCAAAAAGAGCUCGUUUAGGGACUGCAGUAAGGUUUCUCCCAGAGUACUGAAAUGCACUUCUUGCCUUUAGAUAAAUAUCACAGUCCAAACAUCUGCAGCUGCUUUGAUACCAAAGUAUCUUCAGGUUACAAAAAUCAGUUGACAGAAUCCCUGUUUUGGGGUGGUGGCUUCACUCAUUUCAAAGUAAAUGUUUUAAUGUAUAGUCUCUGGGUCUGAAUAGUCACCCACUGCAUAUGUGCAGCUUUCAUUGACUUACAUACAAACAGCUCCCAUGGAUCAGCUGCAUAAUCACAUACCUGUUUGUACAUUUUUUUAAGAACCAUAUCACAAAUGUAAUAGUUUUGUUCUUUGUGUAACACACUUGAGAAUUUGGUUGCAGACACCUGAGCCAGGAAAAAUACUUGUGUCUCUUAGCAGCUAAUAGUUUCUACGUACUUAUGAUGCACAUUGGGUAGUUCCUGUAAAUCCCACAUAAUAACAUAUAGCAAUAAAACUACUAAAAGAAUAACUGUAAAAUGCACCAGCCUACAUAAGUGCUGCAUUUAUGGUAUAAUGAGCACCUUUUCUAAAGUUACCUAAUAACCAAAUUUCACCACUUAGUCCAUUGUGGUUAUUUAUGGAGUUAUUAGAUCUGUUAAAUUACUUAAAUUGAGGACCAAAUCCUGCUCACUUUACUCAUUCCCAUUGAAAUCAGUGGGAUUUCUCGUGUGAGUAAGAGGACUUGGUCACAAAUGAAAAUAUUUGGUCCACACCAAUAAAGUUGGAGGAGGGGAGAGUUUGAUAAGAUAGCGGUUAGUAGGUCAAAGCUACAUUAUAAAAGAUUACCAUUUUAGGAAUAAAUGGGACCUUACUGGUAAAUUCUAUGGACGCCUAAGAGAGGUCUCCUUUCUAAAAAAUUUAAAAAUCAUGGUAGCUUGUUUAGGCAGCAUUAGGGUUUGGACAAAAUCUGAUAUUUUUGGCUUUGUGGAAGGUGGGAAUACUUAGGCAAGAGGGCUUUUUGUAUGGCAUCCAAACUAAUUUCUACUUCUUUCAUAGUAACAGGUGUAAAGUGCUUCUGCCAUUAAUGCCAAACAGCAUGGUGCUUAUCAGGAGAUCUUAACUGGAUAGUUAAGUACCAAAGGGCUAAAGUCAGCAUAUAAUAAAACUUUUAGUCUUGGGGUUAACUGUCGUCCGUCCAAAUGCAUUCUAAUAUCUUUGUUCAACAUAGGGAAUAUUUUAAAAUAGGAAAUGGGGUCUCCUAUCUUAGAUUUUUCUGUAGUAUCCAUCAUUGUAAUAAUUGAACAUUACCCCCUCAUUUAGUUAGUUCACAUAGAAGUGCAUUAUGAGGCAAUGCACUAUAUAAAAUAGUGGGCUACUCCACUAGGAACCAAAUGUAAAUUCUAGGUUUUU